AUGGACAGCGGAGGAACUGAAGCUUUUCCUGAUUUAGGGGAGCACUGCCAACAUUCCGAUUGCCAUCAAUUGGAUUUUCUCCCCUUCAAAUGCGGUGGCUGCCACAAAUUCUUCUGUGUGGAGCACAGAUCCUACAAAUCCCACGAAUGUCCCAAGUCCGACGUUAAUGACCGGAAGGUUGUCGUCUGCGAAAUUUGUUCGUCGUCAAUAGAGAUAACCGGGUCCAAUAGCCUGGACGUGAAAUCAAUAUUGCAGAAACAUGAGAAAUCCGGGGAUUGCGAUCCUAAGAAGAAGAAGAAACCCAAGUGCCCUGUUAGGCGGUGCAAGGAGCAAUUGACUUUUUCCAACACCGCGUCGUGCCAGCACUGCCACGUCAAGGUUUGCUUGAAACACCGGUUUCCGGCCGACCACGCUUGCGAGAGACGGCCGGGAUUGUCUACCUUUGCAGCGUUGCCGGCGGCUAAGAGCGGUAACAAGUUUUUGGAGGCUUUAGCUUCAAGAAACGGGAAAGAAUGUGGGAACAAAAGUCGUGGCUCUAGUUCUCCACCUUCUACCCCUUCGGUCAAAGCAUAUUGA